AUGCCCGACUUACUUCUUCCACCCCCUUACCCACCCACUCAACCCCUCUGGUGCUGGCGGCUGGCGCUGGUGCUGGUUCCUGGUGCUCGUGUUGGUUCCUGGUGCUGGUUCCUGGUGCUGGCGGGGUUCUCUGCUGGUGAGGUUCUCUGCUGGCGGGGUUCUCUGCUGGCGGGGUUCUCUGCUGGCGGGGUUCUCUGCUGGCGGGGUUCUCUGCUGGCGGGGUUCUCUGCAGGCGGGGUUCUCUGCUGGCGGGGUUCUCUGCUGGCGGGGUUCUCUGCUGGCGGGGUUCUCUGCCGGCGGGCGGGUCCAAUGGCAGGUGAUGCGCGCUGGGUGGGACGGGGGUCUCUGCUGGCGGUGGCGCUGCUGGCGGGGUCUCUGCUGGCGGGGUCUCUACUGGCGGGGUCUCUGCUGGCGGGGUCUCUGCUGGCGGUGUUGCUACUGGCGGGGUCUCUGCUGGCGGGGUCUCUGCUGGCAAAGUCUCGGCUGGCGGUCGUUGCUAGCGUUGUAGCUGCGGGCUGUCCCGCCAUGCCCUUCCCCUGCUUCCCUCUCCCCACAGCGUUCGGCCGCCACUCCCUGCCCUUCUUCCCUCACCCUCCUCACAGCGACCGCCGCUGCACACGCGAACAAGCACGACGGGGGGUGGUGACGGGCAGGGGGCGGGGGUAA